AGAACUACGACACUGAGACUAACCAAUCGCCUAUGCGAAUGGCCGAACCUGAUGAGUUGACCUGUCGAGAUCUACUUCCACAACUUCCAAGCAAAGAAAUUCUUCAACAGCUCGUUGAAAUGUACAUGACAGCGGGCACAUGGAUAUGGUCUUAUCUCGACGAGGUGGAAUUAAAGCGCAGAGUUGACCGUUUUGUCGAGGAGGAUGAGUUAGAUGACAUGACCCUCGCGACAUUCUUUGCUAUCUGCGGGACUGGACUUUAUUAUACGCCAUGGCCGCACAAUAUCCUCAAUGCAUUUCCAGAACCUGCCAUGGUAACUGGAGAUCGCUUCCUAGCUUUGUCCACGGAAGUUCUGGAACGCCGAAACAGUGACUGGAUACACCAACCGACUCUGGAGCUUCUUGAGUUGCAUCUGCUUAUGGCCCACUAUUACAGUGAAGAUAUAUAUUCCCUCGCAAGCAAAAUGAUUGGCAUUGCAACAGCCCUGGGACUCCACAGGGAUCCUGAGCAUUGGUGGGCCUGGUGGAAUGUGUUAUCGUUCGAGAGAUAUCACUGCAUUCUCUUGGGAAGGCCCCCUUCAAUCAGCAAUAAUUCCUUUGACACCCAGUUCCCCAUGCCAGACUUCCAACAACCGGGUCAACUCGCCGCCGAUGAUUCUAUUUUGCCGUAUCUCUGUAUCUUUCCGAACCUGCAUUGUGUCAAGCCAAUGACAAACACCUGGCCAUCUGAUCUGAGACUUGAUGAGUUUGGCAUCGCUUACGCGAUGUCUCGUAACGCGAGCGAGAAUAUGGUGCGGCGCGGCGUUCAGUGCAUGUAUCUUUAUGGGCUGUGCAAUCUCACUCGUCUCUGCAUCAAUCGCCCAACCAUAAUCACGACAGCUAAAGAAGCCGCAGCCGCUCAUGAUCGAAUGGCCGGUGCAGCAGCCAAACUGGUCGCCUUGCACGCUCGUGCCACACCCGAUUACGUCAACAACGCUGUUCUUACGGUCCCUGGUCAUCUUGGACACGCCCCUUACAAUAUCUUCGCCUCUGCCAUGUUCUAUACUCACCAACUGCUUUCCAACCCUGAUCAACCUGGCGCAGCACACUUCCGUUCCAAUUUGAGUGAAGCUAUCUCAACGUUUGGAAAAGUCCGCGAGAUGCCCAUCGCGGAUCGAUGCUUCAAGAUUCUUGUCGCUUGUCACCCGCCUCCAGAAACGGACAGUGAGGAGAACCAGCAAGUCAGGCGCCAGCGCAUCGCGGCCGUGAGGCGAGUGACGUUCCCGUAUGUCAAACUAGCUGAUGUUGCGGAUAUCGAGCAUAUUUACCCUGUAACGGGUGAAGGUGAUAUCGCACCAAUUACUGCUAAACCAGAACAUGAGCAAAGAUCCUCUCUCGUUCAUUAGCGAGCAUUUCCUUGUAUUUGUGGUUUUUUUUUAUUUAUGCGAGGUUGCUAGCCACCAAAUGGGGAUCCAGGUGAACAGCACCUAGACUUCUUGCGAUGUACAUACGCAGUAUGAACUACAUUAUGGUAUAUCAAUCGUCGUUACAGCA